AUGGGCUCCCGUCAUGAGACAAACUCAAGUGCAGUGCGAAAGCGCAUUGAAAAUCAUGACUUCAAUGACGAAGAAGGCGAGGAGUAUGAGGCUUCCAGCUUUGGUGGGUUUGGUGACUAUAUGCGCCGAAAAAAGUUGAAGCUGCAGAACCUUGAUGCAGAAAUUCGAGCCUCAGCUGGUGAUUGCCCGCUCAUAUUUCGCGGUGUGGUUGCCCAUGUCAAUGGGUACACUCAGCCUUCUCUCCAAGACCUACAUCGUUUGAUCGUCAGCCAUGGAGGUGGUUUCCUUCAAUACCUUGAUGGCAAGACCGUUGCCACUCACAUCAUUGCUAGCGCUUUGACACCCAAGAAACGUGAAGAGUUCCGUCGGUAUCGCAUAGUGAGCCCUGCGUGGGUGACGGAAAGUAUCAGGGCAGGUCGUCUACUGCCGUGGGAUGAAUUUAGAAUAGUAGAUGAAGGCCAGGCACAAAGAGUGCUCAAAUUCGAUGAUGGUCGAUUUACCAGUCAGGCGAAUAGCCCUCGUACGGGCUACAAAGAGCAAUCGAGAACUAGCUGGUACAACUCUCAGCUGCGAAAUACCAGCACCGUCGGAGAUAAUAUUGGUUCUUCAUCUAAACCUCUGACCCCAUCUGCACGAUCGGACAUCUCACAGAUUGCCACGCCGACCCUGCCGACCCAGCCAUCCCAGUCAGACUAUGGGGAUUUUCCUAGCUUUACGAUGGAGGCUAUGGAAGAUACAGGAAAGGAAGUUGCUCGUGAGCCACCAAAAGAGAUGCCAGCUAGUGAUGCGACGCAGCCUUCAACGCCAGAACCACCGAUUGAUCCCGAACCAUUCCCGGCCCUCAAUCAAAUCAGCCCUACAAAACCAGAAUUGACGUCUGAAGAGUACAACGCACAACUCCUUGCAGAUCCACAGAUGCAGAAAAUCUCUGCUGUCAAUCCGGACUUCUUGCAGCAAUAUUACAGAGAGUCUCGCCUUCAUCAUCUGUCGACCUGGAAGGCGGAGUUGAAAGCCCAGCUGCAGGCUGCGACGAAGGAGAAAGCACUGUCUCGGAGACCCAAACCAAAGCCUGUACCUGGAGCACGACGGUAUAUACUCCAUGUGGACUUUGACUCGUUCUUUGCGGCCGUCUCGCUUUUAAAGCAUCCCGAACUCCAGGACAAGCCGGUUGCCAUCGCUCAUGGCUCGGGGUCAAGCUCCGAGAUUGCUAGUUGCAAUUACCCUGCACGUGCCCGGGGUGUUAAAAAUGGAAUGUGGAUGAAAGGUGCUUUGCAAUCGUGUCCUGAGCUCAAGGUCUUGCCUUAUGAUUUCCCUGCCUAUGAAGAUGCGAGUCGGAAGUUCUACACCGCGAUACUUGCCGUUGAUGGCGUUGUGCAAAGUGUUAGUAUUGACGAGGCUCUGAUCGAUGUCACCGAACUAUGCGUCGAAGCCGGUGGCUCAAACGGAAAGAAGAUAUCGGAAGGAUCUAUCGAUCGCGAGCAAUUCAAAGCGGACGAAAUUGCCCAGGCCUUACGGGAUUCAAUCAAGCAGAAGACGGGAUGUGCGGUGUCUGUCGGUAUUGGCGGCAACAUUCUGCUUGCGAAGGUCUCUCUUCGGAAAGCUAAGCCCGCUGGGCAGUUCCAAUUAAAGCCAGAUGCCGUGUUAGACUUCAUUGGAGAUCUCACAGUUAACGCUCUCCCAGGUGUGGGCCAUAGCACGGCAAUUAAGUUGGAGGAACUGGGCGCCAAAUUUGUCAAAGACAUCCGAGAUAUUCCGAAAGACAGGCUGAUAUCUGGCUUGGGACCCAAAACUGGGAUGAGAAUGUGGGAAUACGCUCGUGGAAUUGACCGGACAGAAGUCGGUGACCAAGUAACGAGGAAAUCUGUGUCGGCUGAGGUCAAUUGGGGCAUUCGCUUUGUCAACCAGGAGCAAGCCGAUGAAUUUGUGCGGUCCCUCUGUGAGGAGCUUAAUCGAAGAUUGAUGGAGAAUCUGGUGAAGGGAACCCAGCUCACACUUAAAGUCAUGCGACGAUCAAUGGACGCUCCUUUGGAACCCGUCAAACAUCUUGGCCAUGGAAAGUGCGAUGUGUUCAACAAGAGCGUCGCUCUUGGUGUUGCGACCAAUGCACCAGACGUGAUUGCCAAAGAAGCAAUAUCAAUGCUGAGAAGCUUCAACUUUUCACCAGGAGAUCUGAGAGGUCUGGGCGUACAGAUGACCAGGCUGGAGCCAAUCAAGACUGGCGGCUCGGGCCCUGGAAGCAGUCAACGGCAGCUCAACUUUCUAAAGUCUCCCCCUCGCAAGAAGGCUGUCCCAGAAGCAGACCCGGACGAGCUGGAAAGUCCGCACAAAGAUGGAUCUGUCAGGAUCCAAGCGGAUCCUGUCCUCAGUGACAGUGCUCACAAACCUCUCAAUAUAUCGGGUUCCCAGUUCAUUAUGCCCACUCAGGCAGAUCCCAAAGUGGUUGCGGAGUUACCGACAGAUAUCAGAGCAAGACUUGUUGCACAAGCAAAGCCGCGGCGGGAUUCUCGCAUAGGAUCCCCAUGUCCCCCGCCACGGUCAGCAGGACAACCUGCUCGAGCAGACCUUCCCCCUCAGUCCCAGCUGGACCCAGACACAUUGGCCGCAUUGCCCGAAGAUGUGCGCAAUGAAGUACUUGGUUACUAUAACGAGCCAGCGAAUAUCCCUGCACCACCACCUGCACCCGCAGUGUCCGAGCCACGCCCAUCAACCUCCGGCUCUCUCAGACCGAAAAGGCCAGUCUCACCCCCCAAAAAGCGGCGUGGCCGCCCGCUCAAGUCGGCAGCCCCUGCGAACAAGCCUAAACAAAAGCCUCUAUUUCAAUCGAAUUUUGGCUUCGUUCCCCGCCCGGUCGCUCCGCCUGCUGGUCUUGAUGACGAGGUCUCAUCCAGACAAGCGUCACCAAACGUCGAAGAACCGGCAGAACCUCCACUUGAGGUUUCAGCUGAUUUUCUUGCCGCUUUACCCGAAGAUAUCCGACGAGAAGUCCUCGAAGAACAAGAACGCACACGCAUGCAACAGCGCUCACGAGCUUCUGCGAGCGCCCAAAGACCCCCUUCUCGAGCACAAGAGGCUCCUCCACCCGCACCGGUUCCCGUAGAGAAACGCCUUCCUCUACCCCCGCUCCCGAAACGUCCAGUCUUCACAUCACAGCGUUUGUCCCAAUUGCCGGAUCUGCGGGAUGCCGUUGGCUCCUGGCAUGAAGCGUUUGCAGCAGGCGGCCCAUAUGCCGAAGACGUUGCGUCAUUAUGUAAAUAUCUGUCUAGCGUGACUUUGCAAGAGAAGGAUCUGGACAAAGCUGUUUCGGUGGUGCGGUGGUUGAUGUGGUUGGUCGCUGAUUAUUCGCAGCAACGAGGUUCCGAGAAGCUACAAGAAUCCCGGUCCGACGAAACUAUACCCUGGCAAGAGGCUAUUAAGGCGAUGCAGGACAGUGUCCAGAAGGCUUCGGAACAGAGAGGGCUGCCGCCAGUGGACUUUUUGUAA